AAAUACCAGGCGAGCUAGCAGGCACAGAAGGCUACCUCCUGCCUUAGCAGUGUUGACCAUGUUUUUUCAAACGUUAUUUAACUCAGCUGGUUAACAGUUCACGUCGGUUGGGUCACGUUUUCAGCGUCACCACGCGUCAUAAGGAAAGACUUGUACAGUUAAUCAAAUCUGUGGGGACCUAGCUUAGCUUCACAGGCGUCUAACGAAGGCUCGGUUGUUGGUGACUAUGCAAGGGGAGACCACGGCGGUUCGAGUCCCGGAAAACGAAGGGAAACUGGAUGUGUUGCCCCAGACCAGGACCCCAAGCUCGGGACGAGCAAGUGCCAAAAGCUGGCAGUACAGUGACCACAUGGAGAAUAUUGAUGGCUACUUGAUGAAAUACACCAACCUUGUAACAGGGUGGCAAUACAGGUUCUUUGUGUUGAACAAUGAGGCGGGCUUGCUGGAGUACUUUGUCAACGAGCAGUCACGGCCCCAGAAGCCCCGCGGGAUGCUCCCGCUGGCAGGGGCCGUCAUCUCCCCCAGCGACGAGGACUCCCACACCUUCACCGUCAAUGCCAUCAGCGGGGAGCAGUACAAGCUCAGGGCCACCGAUGCCAAAGAGAGACAGCACUGGGUGAGUCGACUGCAGAUCUGCACGCAGCACCACACCGAGGCCAUGGGCAAGCAGACUAAUCCUCCACCCAAAUCCCGGAGCUACUCGAUGGCGUCUCAAGGCAGCGGCAGCUCUCCCAUGUCGGUACGCCGGCCGAGCCAAAACCCCAACACCUUAUUCGGCUGGUCGCAGGUGAACAAGGGCUCGUCGCUCUACUCCAGCAAGAGGUCCCUGGAGCCGGACCACCUGAUGGACGCCAGAGAAAUGAUGACCCAGGCCCAGGGCCACCACCGAGACCUAAUCCAGAGCAUUGAGGGCCUGCCUCCCGCCCCCGGGUUCUCCCCUCUAGACCAGGAUCUGCUGAUGCUCAAGGCCACUUCCAUGGCCACCAUGAACUGCCUCAACGAGUGCCUGCACAUCCUGCACCUGCAGCAGGUGGCCAGGCAGAGAGGCUCCCUGGGAGGACCCACCAUCGAGUGGUUGGAGCCCAAGCUGCCCGACAUCCUGAAGAACGGCAGCGGCUCGCUGGGCAGCUUCGCGACCGGGGAGGGCCCGCUGGAGGGGGGCGGUCUGGAGCUUAGCAGCCCAGAGUCCUGCAGCUUCUCUGGGGAACAGGAAGACAUCGACACGGAGGAUGAGGCAGAGGACUCCUUCACCGACAAGGAGGAGGACCUGGGUGCUGUGGAGGAGGAGCGCAGCGUCAUCUUACACCUGCUGUCUCAGCUGAAGCUGGGGAUGGACCUCACGCGGGUGGUCCUGCCCACCUUCAUCCUAGAGAAGCGCUCUCUGCUUGAGAUGUACGCUGACUUCAUGUCCCACCCGGACCUCUUUGUGACCAUCACUGACGGCGGCAGCCCCGAGGACCGCAUGGUCCGCUUCGUGGAGUACUACCUCACGUCCUUCCACGAGGGCCGCAAGGGGGCCAUUGCCAAGAAGCCCUACAACCCCAUUAUCGGCGAGACCUUCCACUGCUCCUGGAAGGUACCCAAGAGACCGGAGGCCCCCGAGGAGCCCUCGCAGGAAAGCCCCGACCUGACCUCCCAGGACCCCUACCAAGUGCGCUUUGUGGCAGAGCAGGUGUCCCACCACCCCCCCGUGUCUGGCUUCUACGCUGAAUGCCCUGAGAGGCGCAUGUGUGUGAACACGCACGUGUGGACCAAGAGCAAGUUCAUGGGAAUGUCUAUUGGUGUGUCCAUGAUAGGGGAAGGUUGUCUUUAUCUGCUGGAGCACGAUGAAGAGUACACGUUCACGCUGCCUUGUGCAUAUGCACGCUCCAUCCUCACCGUUCCCUGGGUGGAGCUGGGUGGGAAAGUCAACAUCAGCUGCGCUAAAUCCGGCUACUCGGCGGUCAUCACUUUCCAGACGAAACCUUUUUACGGUGGCAAAUUACACAAGGUCACAGGGGAGGUGAAGCACAACACCACCAAUGCGGUGGUGUGUCGUGUGCAGGGCGAGUGGAACGGGGUUCUGGAGUUCAGCUACACCAGCGGAGAGACGCGAGUGGUCGACGUCACCAAACUGCCGGUUUCGAAGAAGCGCGUUCGGCCGGUUGAGAAGCAGGGACCAACCGAGUCCAGGCGCCUGUGGCAGCAUGUGACUGAGGCCUUACGGCAGAAGGACAUAGAGAACGCCACGGAGCACAAGAGGAUUCUGGAGGAGAGGCAGAGGACGGAGGAGCGGCACCGGGUCGAGACUGAAACCGCUUGGAGGACCAGAUACUUUGACAGAGAGGGCGAAGGCUGGGUCUAUCACAAACCACUUUGGAAAACCUCUGCACCCAAUUCCUAGUUUUGUGUGUGUGUGAUAGGAGUGUGUGUGAUAUAUGAGUGUGUGUGUGUGUGUGUGUACACAGUUAUGAUAUGAGAGCGUGACCUGCACUGACGUACAAGACGAAUGCAACAUGGGGGAGAAGGACGGAGAGACGGUGUUCUCGAAUCUCGCUCAUGAUUUUCACCAAGCCUCGAAGUACAAGUAUUUGUACUGCUGAUUAGUUGUGGGGGUUUUUUUAUAAUCCAAUGUCGAUUAAAAACAUGUUCUUAUACAGGUAUAACGGUACUGUAUUUACACAGCCUUAAUAUAGUCUGAUGAAAGCUUGGAGAUCUGCUGAUCUACCUGUAUUUGGUUCUUUUCUUCUUCUUUUAAGCUGUGGGAUCACACCAAGGUCCGGUGACCUUUGACCUCCAGCAUCAAGAAAACCUAAAUACUUUGAAUACUGCCUGAUAAAUGUAAUGCUGUGAAAACGUUGUAAAGUUGCAGUAUAUGAUCUCCAUCUAUGUAAAAGCGACUGUACACUUUGCGUUAAAUCAAAGUAUAUUAUAACAAACAUUAGACUAAAUAAACAAUCACAUGACAAAACAAAAAAAAAUAAUUAAAAAAACAAACAUUUUAAGUGCUAGAUAACUGAACUGCUUCAUCCGGACUGUAAACUUGUGCUUUCAUCAGACUUGAUUGGAGCGGAGCACAAAGAAAAGAGGAAAAACUGAAAUCUUAAACGGGAAAGAAGCAAAACAAUAAUUAGUGUUCAUGUAGAAAUCCGUCACAGCCAGAAGAUGAUUGAGAAAAUAAUUUUCAGGGCCUUUUAUUUUUAACCUCAAAUCCGUUGCACUUACUGUAACGGAGUCCAUUUUAAAUGCACACAAUCAUCUGAUCUCCGGGAGGAGCUCAUGAUUUCUGUUUCCAGUCUUUAUGCUAAGCUACGUUACCUGCUGACCGGCCGUAGUUCCAUAUUGAAGGGAUGACAUCAGGGGAAAUUUCCAUCUGCCCUGUUAGUCAGGAGCCCUUAUCCGUCCCGUUUCCAGACCUUUGGCAUCGACUUGGUCCCAACAGUAUCGGUUCUCCUUGUUUCUGUCACCAAGCCCAAGAGGAUGACAUCACCAGGGCUCUUGUUUCAGACCUGACAUUAAAGAGACGGUCACACGAGGAGCAAAUGGAUGGAGGAAUGACCUUUUUAACCAGGUGAUAAUGAUUAUUAUUGAUCGGUAUGGGUUGUGUGCAUUUAGAUUGACCCGAGCACUUCAUGUAUUAAAUUGUGAUGGUAUAUUGGUGAAUUGAUUAAGACACUACUGGAAUGGGAUGUCGGAGACGAGCUGACAAAUGAUCGUGUGACUGCGUCUAAAGAUUGCUUCCCCCGUUAUUCUUGUCUCUCCUUCCUCCGUCCUGUGGUUUCUGCACAGGACGGAGGAAUCCCCACAUGCAUGACGACAAAUCAAAAUCUCUGAAAGUGUACUCCUCCUUUGUCUGCAUUACUUACAUUUAUAAAUGUCUGUGGUAAAAGCUUUUAACCAAAUUUGCUUGUUUUGUAAUGCAAAUAAAUAUUUUCUUUGAUUGCGUA